AUGGUUCACCACUCUAAGGCCUCCGAUACGGUCGCGACCCCGGGGCUCCUGCGCGUUACGCCCGCUGACUGGCCCAGAGCCCAGGAUUGCCCUGGCAUUGACUUCAUCGCGUCCCCCCCCAGGCCGCCUCCUUCAGCUGGUGCCCGCUUGGCCAGCCCACUUGCCUUGCGCUCCUCCAAAUUGCUGGCCCGCAGCUAUUUCACGCCUCUUGGUCCCGAGCCUCCCUGCUCUUGCAGGGAAUCUCGCCUGCCUUUCCAUGUGGGGGAUUAG